AUGUUGUCCUGCCACCACGGUUACCAUGGUAAUGAAAUAUCCAGGCUUCCGGAUACGCUGUUCACCAGUUUGUCAAACUUGGUGUGGUUAGAUCUCAGAAAUAACCAAAUCACAUCCCUUCCUGCGAAAAUUGGUCUACACAGAUGUCUGAAAACGUUGCUGCUAGAAGGGAAUCCUAUCACAGAGCUUCCACUGGAAUUGGGUAACGUGAUUACUCUCAAGGCCCUGAGUUUGAGGCAUUGCCCCAUCACGUUUCCACCUCAAGAGGUUGUGGGGCAGGGCCUCCAAUGCAUCCUACAGUACCUACGGAGUGCCAUGGCCGAACGACCGGUUAGUGUGCGGAACUCUCUUCCAGACAUGCCCCCAGUGGAGAAGCUACAGUUGACAGAGCUUGUGAAGUCCAGUUUGGACCUUUGUGAAGAGGUGGUGGAUGAAGAUGAGCUGCAGAGGUUCAGAGAGCUGAGGCAGAAGAUGAGCCAAAUGGACAGAGAUGAGUUUGGCUAUGCCCUCCCUAUUUCACGCCUCCCUAGAGCAGCAGAGGGUGAUAGAGGCCACAAGACAUACCCGCUGCCCGUCAUUAAAAGAAAGAAAGAGAUUACCAGGGGAAAUAUAUUUCCCGAGCUCCCUCCCUUUGACAUGCAGUACUGGAAGAAGUCAGAGGAGAGAAGACUGGCUGCAAUGAAAGAGCUUAAAGAAAAACAAGCCAUUCUUGAACAAAGGAGGAAGUAA